UCCUGUCUGACUCUUCCUCUCCCGGACAAAACUUCGAGUCGACGGUGCUGACACGAUGCCUACGCCUGUUGCGAAAGGAAUCAUCAUUACCGUCUCGGCGCUCGUCGCUGCCGGGAUCGCGGUCUACGAGUCGCCUCAGUUCCGCCAAUGGGUGAACAACUCGCGGCGAAAGAUCGCACUGGCCUUGCACAGCCUAGGCGACGAUAUUAACCCGCACGAUGCUACGCUCCGACAAGAUAUCUCGAUGACUGAGGAAGUGGGUGCAGCGGCCGAAGAACGCCGGCGAUUAGCUCGCGAGGAGCUCCAACGACGUCGUUCCUUGCUCGAAGAGCGUCGCAAGGGCUUGGCGCGAGCACCGACGAAUAGCUUUGAUACUUUGGUCGAUGAACAGGGCCGGUUGCUAGACACUUCGGAUUCGAGCGAGAUACCGUUGGCCAACUCGACUGCUGUCGAAGUGGCGACGUCGCAGCCUGUGCACCGGGGCAAGCUGGCUGGGGCCCCAGCCUUGCUGCCAGAGAGCGCCCCGAGCCAGACUCAAACCCGCGAGUUAAGCCAGCCGCUGCAGCUCGAUAUCCCGUCACCUCGUGUCGGUUCGCCUUCACUGGCCGAGUUCACCCCCGUCUCUGAAGCUCCUGACAAAAUGGCCGCGUCGCUCUUGUCGUCACAUAUGGAGGAGGAACAUCAUGUUGUAGGGGAUGACGAGUCAGUCUCUAGCCAUACGGAAGGUCACUCGGAAGUGCUAUCUACUGGUCCUGGGGACUGGAUGACAAACGAAACUGGUCGCGACUUGAGGUCUCCCUUCUCCGACUUGGCGGAACUGCAGUUCCAGCAGGGACGCCCCUCAACUCCAUCUACCAGCGACAGCUACAGCCAGAUCUAUGAGUCCGCGAUCGACGCAUCGUCAGAUGGCACAUUGAGCGAUCUGGGCCGGUCGACUGGCGUGGCCACGCCAGCCAGUUGGUCAGAGGUGGGCAGUGUGAUCAGUAAUGACGAGCACAUUCAUCACUUGUAGGCAAAUUGGAAUAAGUCGCGUGUAGUACUGCUGGUUGGACGGCGCUGGAGGAAGGCGUUAUUGGUAUUUGCUUUUCUGUUUUUGCUGGCUCGGUUGGGACUUGGGACAAAGGAAUGCCAGGG